UAGUACAGAGAGACUUUUGAACUGUAUAAAGCUGAGGACAAAUGCAGUAUAGCAAUCAGGAUAUGUACUCAGAAGCAAAAGAAACUAACCUGUAAGUUGAUUUAUGACUGGUUGACCUGCUGUUGCCUGUUUGACCUGCAGCUUUCAGUGACUAGAGUUUAUGGACAGAGUGAUCAACAGGGAACUGCACCUCUAAAUUCCCUUUCAGCCUUCAAACAGCAAACAUGACAACUGCCACAAGACUUCUGGAUGAGCUGUGUCACUUAACGGCUCAGUCUCUAGAAUCACUGGAGCCUUUAGAUCACUUCCAAGUUAUUAAACUUCUUGGGGAGGGUUCAUACGGAAAAGUCAAGUUAGCAGUGCACAAGAAGAGAGGAACCCCAAUGGCCCUUAAAUUCUUUCUGCGAGACGACACAUCUCUACUGUCAUUUCUGAGGGAAUAUAACCUGUCUUUGGCCUUCUGCACCCACCCCUCACUUACUUCUGCUUUAGGCAUCGCAUUCUCCACUCCUACUCACUAUGUGUUCGCCCAGCAACCUUGCCUCUAUGGCGACCUCUAUGAUGUCAUCGUUCCUGAGGUUGGUCUGGAAGAGAGCCGUGCCCAGGGAGUGGCUUCCCAGAUCAGCGGUGCCCUCUCUCACCUCCAUUCUCUUGGCUUUGUCCAUCGUGAUGUCAAACCGGAGAACAUCUUCCUAUGUGACCGUGAGUGUCGUUGGGUCAAGCUUGGUGACUUUGGCAUGGUGAAGGCUGCAGGCACCAGGGUACCAUGUGUGUGGUACUGCUCCCCUUACUGCACACCUGAGGCUGAGAUGGCAAGAAAAAAUGAGGAGAAUCAUUUGGGCCACUUGGGGGUGGACAACAAUGGGAACAAGCAAAAAGGGGACUCUAGAAAGACUCAAAGGAUGUUGGUGUCUGUGGUUCCCAGUAUAGACAGCUGGGCGUUAGGCAUUCUAAUCUACGCCAUGCUCAUGGGGAGCCUUCCAUGGUCUGAGACCAUUUCAGACAACCCAGCAUAUAAAAGAUAUCUACAAUGGACCAAAUGGGAAGGUUCAGCAUCACAAGAGUCACGAGAGGGGUCAGAUCAGCCUGAAAACUUCAACCAGGUGGCACCGCAGUUUGCUGCAUUCACCCCUAUUGCGACUCGUCUUCUUAGGUCCUUGCUCCACCCACAGUCCAGGCUUCGUGGCAGGCCAGAUGAGGUGGAAAGGUAUCUGGGAGGAGCCUGGCUAUUGGACAAGGAUGUCAGUGGGUGAUUCAUCAAAGGAAGGACAGGACCGAGAUCAGCAGGUUGUCGUCAUCUGGUCAUUCACUCCAUGGUGGGAACAAUGGUUAUCCCUUUUUAGAAGUAGUUCUGCUGUUAACAGGCAGUUUUAAUCAAAAGCCUGCUGUUUAAUAUGCUACAUAGAAGCAUUAUUAGUUGAGAGUUUGUUUUCCCAACUGAUCACAGUAUAUCUUAGCUGUAAACACUAAGGGCCAGAUUUACCAAACAGGGUAAUUUAGCAUGAGAGCGCAAUCCCAUACAAGCGCAGAUGGGAGUGGAAAGUUCUGUGGUUAAUCUACUGACAAUGUGCACAUUAAAGAACACGGAUGC